GUAGCUGCAAAGGGGCGUUCACGCGGCGCAGCUCGCAGGCGAAGCUUGCAUCCCCAGGCGAAGGCAUUCCGGUCCGGAGCGCCUGGGCUUGCCGCGCGCCAGCGGCGUCUCAGGUCCCCAUCGGGUCCCAGGUGAGUUGCUGCAGGAUUGCAAUGUUGGGGGGGGAGGUUGAGGGGAGGGAUAGCGGUCACACUUGGAAGGCUUCUCUCAUUGCAUCCGACGGCAGACUCCUUCAGCCGACCAGAAAGUUUUUGGACCGCAGUUUCUGCCUUUCUGAUCUUAGGAGUCUACUCUGAAGUAAGUCCCACUCAGUGGCACUUAACCCCCAGGGAAGUGCCUAUAGGACUGUUGGAGCCUAGAGAUUUCGGGCUGCUUGGCAAGUGCAAGCCUGCGCGUGUCUACUCUGAAGUAAGUUGCUGUGAGAUCAGUAGGGCUUACUCGCGGGUAAGGGGUUUUACAGGGCUGCCGCCUUAAGAAUGUUUCGGUUUUUAAGCCAGAUUUUAGCAACGCGUUGUAAAGAAUAAAGUAAUGAGGCUUUACUUGUAAGAGAGACAUCCUCACACGUCCAAGCGGUUGUCCGUGCGCGCCCGCGCGAUUUAAGUUAAGAAUGUGUGUGACGGGCCCCCCCCCUCUGCCUUUGGGGCAGAAGCCCCACCUCAGCAAUGCACCCAGGAUGGAUUGACACAUGUCUGCACAACCGGCUGCCUUUGGAUUCUUUCAGCAGUGGUGGAAGAGCGAGGCAAUGGCAUUUGCCUCCAAACUAUCUCUCCAGCUUCACCUCCCCUUUCCCGAGGUCCUUACUUUGGGUCAGGGUAAUCAAAGGAUAAUCCCAGUUAUCUCCCAGGGAUACCCCCAACCCGAUGUCCUUUAAUAUACAAUAGCCCAUUAUCCUGAGGGGAAACAGAAUUUGGUUAUCCAUGAAAUUCUACUCAGUAUUGAUCCAGAGCAGAACUCCGACUUAUAGUUAGCAGAGUAAAAACUUUGCAGGUUUCCCCAAACAAAUAGACCCGAGGCAAUUGUAUUUCAUCCAGCAAAGCUUUACUGCUACUGGAGGCAAAUGAACAUAAUGGUCACAAAUCCAAUAUACAUUCCGGAUUGUCACUGUCCGUAAGAAAUCCAGUUGCAGCAGACUUAACUUAAACUUACAAUAACUUAUAAUAAGUCUAAACCGUAACACUAAACUUAUUCUUGUAGCCUCUAACAAUCCAAAGUCACUUCCUGCCCUAAUCCAUUUGGGUUUGGAGAAUCUCCGUUGUAUUCUAGAACAGUAGCUUUAUUAGUAAAUAAACAGAAAAGUGUGUGUGUGUGUGUUGUGUCACCUUAAAAGAUGAAACAAUUUCAUCUGGUAGAAAUAGAUUCAAGGCUAGUGUGUGGUGCGAUAAAUUUUAGUCUUUAAGGUGCCACAUAGCACCUUUUCUGCCGCUGAUACGUGUUCAUCAAGGGAAUAUCCUUUCUGUAUAAAUUAUACUAUGAAUAAAUCCAAAGAAUGAGUACUCUUGAAAAUUUCUACUUGUUCAGAUAUAUUACGCAGCAAUAACAGGAUUCUAAAUGUCAAACUGAAUCGGUAAAUGGUAGAAUGAUUUUACACAAUAGAGAACUGCAAACAGGAAAAAGACAGAAUUCCUUUAUAGUUAGUUAGUAUAUUUAUAUACUGCUUCAAACACUCAGCUGUUUCCCAAACCUAUUUACAAUAAUAAAAUACAAAAGACACUUUGAAACAAAUCAAACAGUGCAAAUACAAGAUACUGUACUAAAAAAGAUUCGGCCAAGAAAAAGCUAUCUUAAAACAUAUUUUCAUGUAUGUGAAUCUGUUUAUCUUGGAUGCCUGCACUUACACAGGUGCCUCCCAACUUCUUAACUUUUUCCAAUAAUGUGUUAAAAGCUUUUGCAUUUGUUUGCAAUUGCUUAUUAAAGGGAGUAUGCUGAGAACAAUUGUUUCCUGCACAACACAUUAACCCCCAACCCAUCUCCCACUAGUCCCUAUUGUCCAUGGUCAAAUUUCUGGCCUUAUUCUUGAACAAAUUGCUCAUCCAAAGUGGUGGCCUUUCCACCUCUAGGCAUUCUUGGAUGACACUGAUAAGUGUCUUGCCUGGGUUUGACAGUGUAGCUGCUUUGAUGGCCCUGGUGGACUUCAUUUACUUCAAGAAGGACAGGGGAAAUAUAAUUCCCUUCAUUCUCCAGGAACAUUUGAUACCAUGAACCCAUGAUACUGUGUACCAGAUUUGAGGACAGGAAUUUAAUGCAAACUCACUUGUGAGUCUCCUCCUAUCUGUUGGAUCAUUCCAGAAGGUGGUGCUGGAUUGAGAACCUUUGCUUUAAUCCGCGUCAUUUGUGCAAUAGGGCAUCACAGGACAGUGGGCGUAGCAUGGUUUGCCAGCACCUGGGGCAAGGCAAGUAUUGCUCCCCCUAACCUGGGACUGUUAACACUGAGUCCCUCCCACCAGUCCAGUACUGAACCCCUUACCAUUCAGGCACAUGUUUCAUAUCCCCAGUAAGUGUGUUUGGGAUCCCAGCCUUUGACACAGAAAGGUGUGCAUGUGGCAACAAUUAGGUGUUUGGGACGCAGGCUUUCUGCUGAGUGUCAACCAGGGCACACACAGAUCUGCCCUUGAUUCUGUGUGAAUAAGCCCUCUGUCCCCCAUCUUUCCUAGCCCUAUUGAAACCACCGUUUAGGCCACACUCAAGACAAACCCCCAGUUAGGAACCCUCUGCAAGAGAGCACAUUGGCCAAGAUUUUCUCUGUAAGAAAAUUAAAUUGAAAUUUACUGCCCUUCUGGAGGGGGGAAGGGAAAGUUCUGGGUCUCAGGUAGGUCGUAAUCCUCGCCAAGAUGAGAUUGCACGUCUCAUUUGGCAGCACCAGAUUAAGGCUCCCCUCCCAAAGGGGUUGUUAUUAUUACUGUUGUUGCUGCUGCUGCUGCUGCUGUUGUUAUUGCAGGUGGUCUAUUAGACCAUUAAUCAAUUUCUAUUGUACUGUAUUUUUUACAUGAUGAUUGUUGUUGUUGUUGUUUAGUCAUUUAGUCGUGUCCGACUCUUUGUGACCCCAUGGACCAGAGCACGCCAGGCAUGGUGAUUAGUGAUCCACAAAUCACUUAGGUCGAAAUAACAGAAGUGUCCUGAUUUGCCUUUUACACCUAGACGUAUAAUUGCAGAAACUCACUCUUUCUCAAAGAACUGAGCCCCAAAUACUGUGCUUAGGAUUGAGAUAUGUUCUGACACUCUUACUUGGAAGUAAGUGCCACAGAAAGAGAUCCAAGUGGAGCUGUUCAGGACAUAAUGCUGUGUAAGUGGGGGUCUGCUCUCUUUUUCAUGGGCUGAUUCUUCUUUUCUUUUUGGAAUCGUGAGGAAAUUCCUUUCAGUUAGAUGACCUCCUCCAGCCCCCUUCCUUCUUGGGGGAGGUCUGCAAAUAUUAUCCCUCUUUGCUGUCAAUUGGAGUGUGUACAGAUGUGAGAUCUCGAGGCCCACUACAAAGUGGCUGCUCCGUCCUUGCCUCCUUGCUCUCUCUUCCCCUCCAAGGCUCUGGCUUGUACUCCUCCUUCUCUCCAUCCUCACUUUGUUCUCCUCCCCUUUCUUUCUCUUUAAAUAGAUUUCAAGGCAAGGCCUGCCCAGGAGCAGCUGUUGAGCUCUCCAGAGGGAAAGCAAGCACUCACUUUCCCAUCAAUAGCCUCCAAUUUGUUUUCAGGUCUGAUUCUAUGUGCUAGUUCAGAACUACAAAGGCAAUCUUAAAGUCUUUAAAAACAAAUAAACAACCAAAUGAAUUGGUGCUAAUAAAGGUAACAGUGCAAACUUGUCUGUUCAGCACAAAUAUGUGGAGAGUAUAUUGUUGUGUUUUUAUAGGCUUUUUCCUUGCCUAAUAGCUGUUGUCGAAAUUGUGAUGUAGUUAUAGUAUUAUGAGUUGCGGGGGAAGUUGAGACCUUUUUAACCUCUGGAACCAGCAAGUGUUAAAAUACCAGCCAGCCUUGCUUCCUGAUGAGGUGAUCGCCUUUGUGAUGGUCCAUUAUUAAGAGAACACAGGAUUAAGGGGCUAGGUGUGAGAUGGCAAAUGAAGGGGGGGCCCCUACCUAGACAAACAGAGUUUGAAGAAGAGUUUUGGGACUGCGAUGUGAACCAGAGAAAAAGCAACAAGCUGGAGACAGAGUCGGAACACAGUGUUUGAAUUUUGGUGGAAUCCAAGGCUGUGGCUAUGGGAGAAACAAGGCCCUUUUGGGAUGCUAAUGCUCCACCGUAGGCUCAGGUUGUAGAUAAGAGUAAAUAAACCAUAUAUCAUAAUGACACCACAGUCUCCACUGUGCCUCAUUUCCAAAAGGAAACACAAACCCUGGGUAAGCACCUAGAAGCCCUCCAAUCCCACGCCACUCAGAGAUUGGGGUGGUGUGCAAUAAUAUGGUCUAAAGAAAGAACCAGAAUCAGAAGAAUCUUUAUUUGCAUCAGCCACUAGCCAUAGCAAUAAAAUAAAAUACAAUGUACUGAAGAUAGAGGUAAAAACUUAACUAUACAACAUACAUUCUGGAGGUUUAACAUCCAUAACCAAACAAUAGAUCUUAUUCUAAUUGCCCCUGCUGAAAAGUUUGCAUUUUUUGCUGUCACCUGAAUAACUUAAUCUGCUAGAAGAAAGGACACAGUAGCAAUGGCUGAGCCAGGGGCGUUUGAAGGGGUGUGUGGUGGGGACGGUCCACCCCGGGUGCCAUCCCAGAGGGGGGUGACAAAAACCCUCCUGGGCGGAUCGCUGCGAUUGGCCCCUUGCCAGGAGGAUUGCACCACCUCGCCACGAUCGGCUCCCUGCUGGGAGGAUUGUGCUGUCUCACCACGAUUGGAUCGCGCCGCCAUGCCAAUUGCCCUGUGGGCAGAUCGCCACGCCGCUCCAGGUGCAGGAGCGGCUAGCUCUGCCACUGGGUUGAGCAACCUGGCAUGAACAGUAGCAGAGGCGUAUAAACCUCACUCCUCAAAUCUUUAUAAAGAGUGCAAGCUAGAAGCACAUGAUCCAUUGAUUCAAUACUGCCAUAUCCACAGGGACGUAAGCGCUUUUCCAGCAGAAAUUUUUGAAAUCAACCCUUGAGUACAGCUGAAUUCAGUAUAUUUAAUCUUGCGUAAGUGAAAGCGCGUCUGUAUUUUGGAAUUGUUAAAUUUUGCAAAUAGGGUGCCAACGUAUCAAAAUGGCUAGGUGGAAAAUAAUCAUACAAAAUUUCCUUAUCGUGACCAAAUUAUUCUGUUUCUCAGUAUCAUAUAGGUGCUGUGUAAUUAAAUUAUUUGCUGUACUGAAGCCCAGUUUAACACCGCAACAGUUGCGGUGUUAAACCAGAAAAAUAAAGUUUUUGGUUGACAAUUUUAGUCCAAGUGCUCUCAUGACAAUCCUGCGAUAUUAAGGGUAGUAGACUAGUGGGGUUUAAAUUUAGCCGAAGCCAAUAAUUAAAUGUCCUACACCAAAUCUGUAAUUCAACAGAGGGGAGGUUAGCCUCUAAGCACAAUGAACACAGGAUGGAACAGGAAAAAAAUGCCUUAGGAAUUUAGACUGAACAGCUUCUGUAGAUCCAAGGUGAGCACCUGUCCAGAUCUGAGCCCCAUAUAAUAACUGUACUAGGGGUUUAGCUUUAAACACUUCAAGUGCUGAUGGUAUGUGAUUGCCACCUUUUGUGGGAAAAGCGUGUCAGAAUUUUAGCACUCUGAGACACCAUUUCCUUUGCAUAUUUCUGAUGUGCUCCCCAAUUUGAAUAAGCAGAUAUUUCCACAAAUAAACCAUGAAAAUUACAUCUCGGUGUUUAAUAAGGAUCAGAAUCAUUAUAUUAUACAGUAUUGAUCCUGUCCAGAGGGUGUUAAUGAUACAAAUAUGUAAAAAGAAUGAAAUAAGGAAAAAUGAAGGUGAUCUAAAUAAAAUGUAUGAACGUCAGUUUUAAAAAUGAGUAUAUUAUAUCAGUGUGCUCUUUUUACACAGAUUUGGGGUGAACACCAUUUACUUCUCUACCAUAGAACGGGACCAUAGAACAAAACCAUGAGAAAUUACACAGUGAAUCAAGUGUCCAAAACUGGUAAGUUGUAAUAUAUUUCGUUACUCCUUAAUAUUUGGAUCCCUUUGUUUAGGAAUGGUUAUAAAAAUAGGGCAAGGUGUUGCGAAUUUGGAUAGCCAUGAAAUUGCAUUCAACAGCUAUAACUACUUUGUUGUUUCCCCCUCCAAAUAUUUAUUUCUGAGUCCCAUUUUUUAAAAAAAAAAUUAAGUGGCUAAUAGUAAUUACAACAAAAUUUGGUUUUUAUUUACCCCUUGUGCCAAUUUUUCACAAUAUUGUGGAAGUAUAUGUGUUUUAACUUCGCCAUAAUACUUGUGUAGAUUUCCAGUCUGCAUCUAAUAACUUAAAAUGGACAGUUUUGAAGCUAUUGUUCUACUUUCCCACCUACCCAGUGAUCUGAGCUUCUCUUCAUAAUGUGACUCAUAUGUGACUUGUUGGGUGUGACAAUUUCAAAAGACCUGUUCCUGCAAUGACCUUUCUUCCAAAUAAUAAAAUACUUUUUGUUGAGAAAAUAAUGCAUUUGGGGGUUGGGGGUGGAAGUCUACUGAAAUCUUCUUGAGAUAUUAUUGGUGAAGACCUGUGAACUCAUUAGCAGAUUAAAACAUUAUUUUUAAAAUGUUUAGUGGGGGAAAAACCAUAUGUUUUAAAUCACCUCAUUGGCACAUGAUGUGUACUGCAAGGGGAGCAUUCCUUAUUUCAUUUGUUUUACACAUAUUAGUAAGGUGUCUCUAUAAAAAUCUAACGUGUUUUCAGACUUGUUGGUAAAUGGGAACAUUUUCACAGUGCAACAAUUAAUCUUCAUUAAUGUACAACAGAAAGAAUUGUCUGCAUUUUCAGGCACAAUGCAGAUCAAUUAUUGCAUCAGUAAUAGAAACAAUUGCUUUGAUUUUAAAUUUAAUAUCUAUAGUAUUUCUUUUACUCAUUGAGCAUUUCAGGGACUUGCUUCAAAAAUUUGCAAUCCUAUUGCAAGUCCAAUCUCUACAUUCACUGAAAAGCAGGUCUCACUAAUUUCUACGGGUCCUGCUUCCAAGUAAGUAUAUUUAGAAUUUCAGCCUGAGUCAGUAGUAUGGAGUUAAAUAGGUUUAUAUAGUUUGUAGAUGUGUUUAGGGUAUGGGGCUGGCACCUGCCAAACGUAAGCGUGUUCCUGGAGAAUUCAGUGAAUAAAGUUUCAAGCGGAUUCUUUGGAUUCCAACCCAACUAUUUCUAUGAAAUCCAACUGACUUUCCCAUCAACAGAACCUCCAGCCUAUGACAACCCUUCUUUCCAUUUGGAUGAAGAACCUACACCAAAUGGCCAUUUAAAGAAGAAGAAAAAGUAGGUUUUUCCUUAUGCACUUUGAUGCCUUUCAUUUUCCACAAAUGACCACAGCUAACUUGCUUUUCUGUUCAAAACUUUUCAGAAAGAAAAAUGAGAAGAAAGGGAAGGCAGUUGGCUUUUUCGAGCUGGUCAGUAUGCUUCUUUGCCUUUGUCAUUUUCUUUGGUUGGCUCAGAUGUGUACCUUCCUCACAUCUACAAAUGUGGUGACAUCAGGAGCAUCACUCAGAGACAUGUACCCCUUCCCCAUUUCCUCCAUAGCACAAACAACAUAACCCACAGGAACCUGGUGGCCUCCAGUUGUUGUUGGACUCCCUUCAUCCUUGGCCAUUGGUCAUUCUGGCUGGGACUGAUGGGACUCCUAACAAUACCUGGAGGGCCAGGUAUGGAAAGCUCUGUUUCAGGGGAAGAGUGAUGAGGAAAUAUAUGAGCCCAAGCCCUGCUCUUGAUCCUACAAUACAAAAUAUGAGGAAGACAACUAGCCAUGUCUCUUUUUCUUCAAAAUGAGAUUUGGAAUACCUAGUGCCGGCAUCCCCAAACUCGGCCCUCCAGCUGUUUUGGGACUACAAUUCCCAUCAUCCCUGACCACUGGUCCUGUUAGCUAGGGAUGAUGGGAGUUGUAGUCCCAAAGCAGCUGGAGGGCCAAGUUUGGAUAUGCCUGACCUAGUGUGAGGAACUAGUCAACUAAAAGAGAAAGGUGGGCUGUCGAUCAACUCCCAGUUGCUAAGAGAUGGAGAGAGCAAUGGGAACAAAGAAACCAUGAGAGAGAAGGUUAAAAUGAUGACUGAAAAUUCUCAGCUGGAGAGAGGCCUUUCUGACGUAAGGUCCAGACCCUCCCAAGUGUCCCUGUUUCCCAGGGACAGUCCAGGAUUUACAGAAGCCAUCUUGGUUUCUGAUUUGAUCCAAGAAUGUCCUGCUUUUCCUUAGGACGUCCCUAUUUUCAUCAGAGAAAUGUUGGAGGGUAUGGAAUUAUGUGACCCCCCCCCCCCAUGUCAAGGAGCUAAAUAAUUAUAUAACCUUUAGAAGACAUCUGAAGGCAGCACUGUAUAGGGAAGUUUUUAAAUGUUUAAUGUUUUAUUAUGUUUUUGUAUAUGUUGGAAGCUGCCCAGAUGGAGGGAAUAAUAAUAAUAAUAAUAAUAAUAAUAAUAAUAAUAAUAAUAAAUUACAAUAGAAUGUCCCUAUUUUUAUCAGAGAAAUGUUGGAGGGUACAAAGGUCUGUUCUGCAUAAGCGGACGAAGAGCACCAGUAGGGUAGGAAGAACAGAAAGAAAGCCCAGCAGCCGACUAAUUAUGAUGUGUGUGUACAUACAUACGGGCAUAUACACAGAGACACACAUAUAUACACACAUUCUGCCAUAAUUUCACCUGAUUCCUCCUGUUUUUUCUUUCUCAAUUUAGUUUCAUUUUGCAGAUGGGCUAGAUAUUACUUUAAUGAUAGUGGGGUUAAUCGCAGCUGCUGCAGCUGGAACUGGACAGCCACUUUUAAUCAUCGUCUUCGGCGAAAUGACAAACAGCUUUGUGUCGACCAGUCACAAUAAUGUUACAGGUAAAAAUCACUAAGUUUGCCCCAUCUGUGCUUUUUUCGGAUUAUUGAGUUUCUUUUUUAUUAUUAUUAAUAUAUUUUUAAUUUGCUUUUCUGUUUUAUCAUAUCAUCAUCAAUGCAUUCUGUGUUACAGUCAUACACAGGAUAAUGAGAAAGAAAAAUAACAUAAAUAUAAGACAUAAACACACACACGCAGUGCUUUUUUCUGGGGGGGGGGGACACAGGGGUACACAUACCCCUAAAUGUUUUGUGAAUCUAAGUUUGGUCUCAUUGUGGGGCAAUAUUUCAAUAUGAGCAGGAAAAUGAGAGUACCCCUAGACAUUGUUUUAGGGGGAAAAGCAGUGUGUGUGAGAGAGAGAGAAUAUAUGAAUAUUAUGGGCUUCUUGAGUUUCUAGAUAUGGAGACUGAGAAUAUUGUUGGAGAACACAGAGCUUUAAAAUGCUAGAGAUCAGUAUUCACCUCCCCCCCCAUUUACAUUCAUAAUCUUGAUGAACUGUAAUCAAGCAAAGGCUACUCCAAGCACUCAGUAUAAAAUAAAAUAAAUGAACCUUUGCUGAAGUGGUUAAAUCUUGACAGCAUGAAUGAGAAACUUGUAGCCCUCUGGAUAUUCUUGAACUACAAACCCCAUCACCUCUGAUCAUUGAUCACACUGGCUGGGGCUGAUGGGAGUUGAAGUCCAAGAACUUCUGAAGGGCCAGAGAUUCCCCAUUGCUGCUUAACAGGCAGUUUAGCUUGGGAGAAGCAAAUGGCUCCUGUUUGGCAGCCAUGGCAACUGGAUCCGGCCUACAAAUCAGGGUCCACUUGGGCAUCAGUUUCAACAGUGUGGACAAUGUGGCUUGAAAAUGGAUCUCAUAUGUUUGGGUAAUUGCGUGUUUCAUACUUAGAUGUCUACAUACUAAAAGAAUGCAUUAGCAGAGAUGUAAGGAUAUAUAGGAUGGGGGGGGAGGGAUGAAAAAGCCACAUGUGUCAAACAGGUUCCAAAUAAAGGUAAAGGGACCCCUGACCAUUAGGUCCAGUCGUGGCCAACUCUGGGGUUGCGGCACUCAUCUCACUUUAUUGGCCAAGGGAGCCAGCGUACAGCUUCCGGGUCAUGCAGCCAGCAUGACAAAGCCACUUCUGGCAAACCAGCGCACGCAAAAACCUAUUUAUCUACUUGCACUUUGACAUGCUUUUGAACUGCUAGGUUGGCAGGAGCAGGGACCAAGCAAUGGGAGCUCACCCCGUCGCGGGGAUUCGAACCGCCAGCCUUCUGAUUGGCAAGCCCCAGGCUCAGUGGUUUAACCCACAGCUCCACCUGCAUCCCAGGUUCCAAAUGCUAUGUGCUUAAGAAACAACAACUCUCAAUUUUAUUUUUCCUUUUUUUCAUGAGCGACUUUCCCAUGGAGGGGUUAUGGGUUUAGUAUUACUUAGUGGCUGUGUGACAGUCAUAUGCUUCUGUUAAAUCCAGUUACGUUAAGUUGGGAAACAUUAAAUGGAACUAACGUGCCAUGCUUGGUCCUUCAUGGACUGAAUGCGUGUUUUAUUGACACUGACAUAUUUUUUAAAAUGCCUAGGAAAGUUGCCUACAUCAUGAAGAGAUCAGGUCUGAAGGUUAGAAACCGGCUAGCUGCUUAAUGCCUGCAACUCUUAAUCUUUCUUUACUUGAGACUUUUCGUUGUUAAGUCAAGUAAUAAUUAACAGUGCCAUGCAAUGCCAUGUAAAAAUGCUAAGAUGGCAUUGCCAGAAAAUCUUGCAGCACCUCUUCUGAUAAUUAUAACUACUGCCUUCUCUUUUGCAGAAGCUGCACUAGCUAAUAUCUCAGGAUGUCCACCUUCAGAUAUAGAAAACGAAAUGGCCGUGUAAGGACCUAUCCAAUUAUUAUUUUUUAACUGAGCUAUGGCUGACUUUAAAAACAUAAGAAGACUAAAGACCCAACAGAUGCUGGUUGCGAAGUCACAUCCCUCUUCCCACAGUUGUUCCCCAGUGACAGCUAUUCAGAUGAUGUUGAAUUAAAUUUGUAUACCACCCUAUACCCACAGGUAUCAGGGUGGUUCACAACAUAAACUUGAUUUCAGUGGGUCUGUUCCAAAGAAUAUGACCAGCAUUGGAUAUAACCCCCCCAAUUACCUUGAAAAAGUAUAUUAAAACAUUAGUUAAGCAUUUUCUUCUAAUAAUGAGAGUGACAUGAAGGAUAUAUGGGUCUUUCUUCCAAAGAGUACUCUUCAAAUGAUUGAACACAGGUACUAUGAAACAUGUGCCUCUGAUUUAUGAGGUAAUGUAUAGUCAUCAUGGCUGGUAGCCAGUUACAGAUUUACCCUCCAUGGACUUUCAUCUUGCUCUCAAGCACAUUGUGUUCCUUUAUUUAACAGAAUUCAUAUACGGCUUGAUUGUUUUAUUUUAUAAAAACCUUUUUUUAAAAAAAAUCUAGCUAAAAACUAGGUAGUUCUACAUAAAAUAAGUUAAAAUGGGUAUUUAAAAGCAGUCAGAAGAUUAUUAAAAUCAACUGUUGAUAAAAAGAGAUAAUACAGUGGAAUCUUGGUUCUUGAACUUAAUCUGUUACGGCAGGGGUCAGCAAACUUUUUCAGCAGGGGGCCGGUCCACUGUCCCUCAGAUCUUGUGGGGGCCGGACUAUAUUUUGAAAAAAUAAAUAAAUGAACGAAUUCCUAUGCCCCACAAAUAACCCAGAGAUGCAUUUUAAAUAAAAGGACACAUUCUACUCAUGUAAAAACACACUGAUUUCAGGACCAUCCACGGGCCGGAUUUAGAAGGUGAUUGGGCCGGUUCUGUCCCCUUGGCCUUAGUUUGCCUACCCGUGUGUUACAGAAAUCCAAUCAACUCCUGAAACUGUUUGAAAACCAAGGCGCGGCUUCUGAUUGGCUGCUGGAGCUUCCUGCAGUCAAGCAGAAGCCACGUCGGACAUUUGGCUUCCCAAAAAUGUUCAAGAACCGGAAUACUUACUUCCGAGUUUGUGGCAUUCGGGAGCCGAUUUAUUCGCCAACUAAGCUGUGCGAGGACCAAGGUUCCACUGUACACAUAUAGCUUCCACGUGUCUGGGUAGGCUUGCAUAAGCAGAAAUGUUUCAAGGAGGAACUGAAAAGAGUGCAGUGAAGGCACCUGCUUAAUGUCAGCAGGAAGGGAGUUACAAAAUGUAGGUGCUGCCACACUAACGGAUCAGUUUCGUUUUGCACUUGCACUUCCUAACUCUGUGUGCAGCCUCAGUUCCCCAAUAUAACAGUUGUAGCACAGAAGACACUCUUCACCUUUCUAAGCUUUGCGAACUGCCUCUUCGGCUGAAUGGUGGCAUAGAAAUAAUGUCCCCUAACCUAGUACUCUCCAGAGAUUUUGGACUCUAAAUCGCAUCGUAUCUAUUAGCCAGGAUGACCUGUGCUGUUGAGAGUUCUUGUCCCAAACACUUGGAGGACGUGAUGUGGGAAACGUUGGAUUGCAAUACCCCACUGACCUGUCGUUUCUUCAACAGACAUGCUUACUACUUUGUUGGUAUUGGAUUUGGAGUCUUGCUCUGCAGCAUGAUUCAGGUGUGGACUUUUGUGACCAGUUCCGCAAGACAAACAGCAAGGAUACGCGAGAAGUUCUUUUUUGCUGUACUUCACCAAGAGAUGGCCUGGUUUGAUACCAACCAGAUUGGAACACUGAACACGAGAUUAACAGAGUAAGAUGUUUCUGUUUUAUGUUCUAAUCUGGGGGAAAGGUCAGUGCCAUGUAACAAAAACUGAUUCCAGCUUUGUGCCAGGUGUAAAUCCCUACAUGGCUAGUUCCUAAAUGCGUUUGCAUAUGCAUUCCUUCUUCAUAACCAAAUGGAUGGGAAGGUACAUAGGCUGCCAUACUGAGAAAAGUUUGUAUUUAAUGGCAGUGAUUUCAACACCAUUCACAAAGGAGCUGAAGACUCAACUAUUGAAUAAAAGUAUCAACUGACAUUCACAUUUUUCAUCCUUCAUUGCAGUGAUAUUAACACCAUUCACGAAGGAAUUGGAGACAAGCUCAGCAUAAUAAUGCAGAAUUUAAGCACAUUUGUGACGGGCAUUAUCAUAGGAUUUGUGCACGGAUGGAAGCUGACCCUGGUUAUCUUGUCUGUUAGCCCGCUUCUCGUUGUAUCUGGGGGUUUGUGGUCAUAUGUAAGUUGCUUGAGCUGCUACAAACGAGAAUUCUCCUUAUGUGCGCAACAAAGGGGGGUGAAGAAUCGAAGGAAAGAAGGAUAAAAUGAAAACCUGCAUGGGGGGGAUGGCAUGGGAACUCUUAAAAGACUGUGCCCCAUUAAUCUGGCAUAACUUGGUGCCAAGAAACUGUUCCAGUCAAGUUAAGAAUUCUUAUUAACCAUUUUUAGGAGAGAGAGAGUGUGGUUAGAAAGUUGGACAUAGACCAGAGAGAUUGGGCUUAAGUUGCUGCGUGAUCAUAAAUCUUGCGGGGGAAGUUUGGGCAAACCAUUUUCUCUCAGCCUGACCUAUAGCAGGGUCCAUGUAUACCAUUCAGGAGUCCUGAGAGGAAGGCGUGGGAUAAGUACAUAAUAAUGAAUAAUAAAUCUACCCAACCCACAUCUGAGCCUCCUGUAAUUACUGCUAAUUGAUAAGGCACAUAUGCCUUAUAAUUGGAGAUUCCAAUGACUAUAAUUAAAUAGCUAUGGAAAGGAACUGGACAGAUACGGCCUCAUUUCCCUGCAUCCCCACACAAAGAUGUAGCUGAAUUCAUUGUUUUAAAGAAAAGCAGCAACCUUUUUAGCACAAACAUUUUUUAAAAUAAAUUUUAUUAAUGUUUGAAAGAAAAUGUACAAAGUUUAAUAUCAAAUACUGUUUAAUCAAAAAUAAAAUAAUCUAAAAACAUAAACCAGGAGGGGGGAAGGGAAAGAAAGAAAAAAGAAAAGGGAAGGGGAAAGAGAACUUCUUAUUCUUCGUCUGUCAGCCUUACGUAGAAAAUUAUUCAAAACAUCCACUCCAAGAUAACACCCAACAAUUCAGCUUUCUAUAAAAGCAAUAUUUUCUUCGAUCCUCAAACCCAGAUAUCAUAAGUUCAUAUUCUUUUUCACUCAAAAAAUCUAUAAGGAGUUUCUAGUCUUUCAGCACAUACAUUUUUAAAGUAGUAUUUUAGUCAUUUUGCUAAAACCCAUAUAAUCAGCUUUAUUAUAUAAUCAAGAGAAGUCUCUCAUGCAAGAGAACUGUCUGCACAAGUAACCCAGUUUGUUGGUGCAAAACAGGUGAGGAACCUAAGGCCUAGGGCCUAAUGCAGCCCUCUGGGGCUUUCUCUGGGUCUUGGGACUCUGCCCAGGCUCCUCGCCUCACCACUCUGCUCCUUGACCACCUCAGGUGUUUCUGCAUGCCUGGAAAGUGCCCUUGAACUAUACUUAUGCAUCUUGCUUGCCUGGGUGAAGAGAGUUUUGCAGGAUCUGUUGCUCACUUUUGCUUCUGGCAUGCAGCCCUGCCGAUGGUUGCCUAUAAGACAAUGCAGUCCAUGGGCUAAAACAUGUUCCUUACUCUGGUGUAAACCAGGGGUCAUUCAGAGCUAGAAUUGAAAUACUGCCUAUGAAUAAAAGACCCGUCCCCAUUUCCUGUCACAUAGAUAGUUCUAUGAGUUUAUUGGGUUGUUCUGUGAAACAACUUCAUUUUUCGUUUCAUUUUUUACAUAUUCCAGCUCCUGUCGGUGUUGACAACUAAAGAACUGUCAGCCUAUGCUAAGGCAGGUGCUGUGGCAGAAGAAAUAUUGUCGGCCAUCAGGACCGUUGUUGCUUUUAAUGGGCAGGCGAAAGCUACAGCCAGGUAAGGCCGCUUCUAACAAUAAGCGUAAUUGGAAAGCUAUUUAGAACGUACAUUUGUUCCUUCUCUGAAGAAGCUGAAACAGGCGUUCUUUGAGAGCAUUAGAGAUCAGCAACUGAAAGCAUCCCUCCAGAUUAGUGUAGAACCCAACGUGUGUAUUGUUGCGCAUGUUCAGGUGGAGAUCAAGCUAUAAUUCUGCCCAUCCAACAUGGCUGAUGGAAACAGGUUUGUAAGCCAGUGUGAACUAUGUUCUUCGAACGUCUGCCUUCAACCAAGGGGCAUCACAGGAUGAAACAUGCCUGCUUUUCUCACAACAUUUCUUGUUAAAACAGUGGGUUACACCUUCAGAUAGGAAAAUUCCAGUGUGGUUCUAGCAGCCUCAGAAGAUUUAAGCAGUAUGGGGUUUGUUUGUAGAGAUAAAUGGCAAUGAGUACUUGCCUGUAUGGAAGCAGAACUGAGUGGGAAAUACCUUAAAUAAUCACAUUUGGCGGUUUGUUUUCAGGUAUGAUGCAAACCUAGAGGACGCUAGGGUUGUUGGAAUGAAAAAGAGCAUCACCACCAAUGUCUCUAUGGGUGUCUCCCAGUUUUUCAUAUAUGGAUGCUAUGCACUUGCCUUUUGGUAUGGAACCAAGCUCACACUGGAGGAGAAAGAAAAUUACAACAUCGGGAGAGUAUUAAUUGUAAGUCAGUUGUCCUGCUGAAUGCAGACUUUAAAAAAAAUGAUCUCUGAACCAGGGGCGAACGAAGGCGUCGUGACACCCCGGGCGGGGCGUCGCUACGUAGGGCGCAUGUGCGGCGUUGUUACGUAGGAAGCAUGCACCGCACAUAGCAAUGCCGCACAUGCGCUGUACAUAGCCGUUUGCCACCAGCACCGGGAUCCUCUGCUCGCGGCUGCAGCCAUGAACGGAGGAUCCCCCACAUGUGGCUGCGGCAUGGCUGCUCACGCCACCACGAUCACCCGCGGGGUGCCUUCUUGUCACUGCACCCAAGCCAUGAAACCCAGGGGGCAGUGCCCCCCCCCACCCCCGUUGUGACGCCACUGCUCUGAACUUAUAAGUAGAGGCAGCAUUGGAGAUUUGAGCCCAACCCACAGAAGCCUUGCUACCUGGUUCUGCACAUAUUAUCUUGAUCUGCAGAUCAGUAUAUGUAGUAAUGGACUUCGUAUCAAACUGGUGCUGUGUGGAUACUGGAAGCAGUAAUUUCCAACAUUCACGGUGACCAAAGUUUGUUAAAGUGUAUAUGUAUGUGCCAUUGGGCAAGGACAUUAGGGCAGAAGUCUAGUACUCUUCUCUUGGCUUAGUUCAACAUCAUCAUUUAUUUAUUCAACUUAUACACUGUCCUAUAAUUGGAGGUCUCAGGGUGGUUCACAACAAUACCACAACACAAAAAACCAAACCAAAUGCAAUAACCCAAUAAACCCAUUGCAACCUAAAGAGGGAAUACCAUUAAGCCCAGAAUCUAACAUUACCUAGCUAAAUCUCUCUGUGUAUGAACCUGAUCUACCAUACAAUAUGCAUCAUUUGACCUGUUUUCUUGUUGAUGCAGAUAACAUCCAACAAGGCAAUCUGUGCACAAAAUACUACUCAGCACUAAUUUCCUCCCUGUAGUGGCACCUCUUGAUAAAAUAAUCGAGAUAGAGGUGCCUCUAUAAGAGCUAAGUCAAUCAACCGCUCCACCUGUUUGCAGAAGUAACCAUACUAUGCACUCUUAGAAUCACAGAAUUGUAGAGAUGGAAGGGAACGCGAGGGUCAUCUUGUCCAACCCCCUUGCAAUGCAGGAAUCCUUUUGCCCAUCAUGGGUUUUGAACCCAUGGCCCUGAGUUCAAGUCUCUUGCUCUACAGACUGAACAAUUCAACUGCUCUUUCCAUUGGACACAAUACAGUAGCUAGACUACAUAGGAGGUUUUUAAUAGCUGAAGAAACUUAAGAGAGGGGAGAAAUGUUUGUAAAAGUGUUUCUGCUGUAAACAAAAUUAAAAAGUCAUGUUAACUUGGAGGUAAGUUGCAUGUGUUCAGUGAGGUUUACUUCCAGGCAUAGAAUUGCAGUUGUAAUUGUUGUGGUACUGCAUUAACUGAUGGCAAAUCCCUAGUUUUCAAAUGUUAAUUAUUUCAACCAUUUCCUCACUGUAGGUGUUCUUUUCUGUGAUUGUUGGCGCAUUUUCCAUUGGACAAGCCUCCCCAAAUUUGGAGAGUGUGGCCAAUGCUCGAGGAGCAGCCUAUGAAGUCUUUAGUAUUAUCAGGAAGGUAUUUAUUGACUGGGAUGUAUAAUAUGACUGCUGUAAUCAUCUAAUUAACUAAUUACCUUAGUAUCACACAGGCUCUUAUAGAAGGUUAUGAAUUAUCCUAAGCCAUUUCUUGAAUCAGCAUUGCACAUAUGGGAAAAAUUGGAUUUUAAAACAAACAAACUCAUUAGUAUCCCUUUAUAUAUAGUUAUGGCUUUAAAACAGAAAAAUGCAACCAGUUUGGACGACAUGUGGGAUAACAAGAUUUAAUGAUGUGUUUACAGAUGGAUUGUGGGCAACUAUAGCACUGAGAAAUUCUCAGGACUCGAGAAACGCAAUGGUCAGCAAGGCAGCUCAGGUAGGGUGGCAUUGCUGGCUCCACCUUCCCAAUGCCAAGCAUCACUGCUGAUUUCUGAGAGAGAGGAGUGGGACACAGGGAACUCAGCAGCAAUAUAACACUUCUGCUGCUGUGCUGAGCUCCUUGCCCCUUUCAGGAACUGGCAGCAACACUCAGCACCGGGAAGGAAAGUGAGCAACAGCAUUCUACAUUUGCCGCCUUCUUGCUGCUCACUGCAAUUUGGAUAGCCAAGCUUCCUGGAAGCACCUCAAAUUGGCUUACACAAUAGGGUAGUUCAUAAAAAACUUUUUUUAAAAAAAUGCCUGCUCCAAAGGUCUUAUCUUACUACACUAGGGAUUAUAUAGCUAUAUCUGAAAUUUCAUGCAUAUCAGUUAAUAUCUUGACCCUCCUCCACGAAAAUAGCUGUUUACUUGGCUGUUUUCCUAUGUCGUGAAGGCUGAAAUUUCAAUUCAGUGCAGCAGGGUCAAGAUAUUAACUGAUAUGCAUGAAAUAUAAUUCCUAGUGUAGUAAGAUAAGACUUUUGGAGCAGGCAUUUUUUUAAAAAAAAAAAAGUUUUUUAUGAUCCGCCCUAUUACACAAUUAUCACAAAAUACAGCUUUUAUCUUCACAACAGCCCUUUGGGGUAGGCCAGGCUGAGAGAAAAUGACUGGCCCAAGGUCAGCCAGUGAGCUUUGUGGCCAAGUGAGGAUUUGAACAUGGGCCUCCCCAGUCUUAAUUCAGAACUCUAACCCCUACACCAUGCUAACAAGAAAGGAGUCACCUCAGCCUUGUGCUUUAGCCCACAAAUAAUCAUUCCUCAGGUAAAAGGUAAAGGUAAAGGGACCCCUGACCAUUAGGUCCAGUCGUGGCCGACUCUGGGGUUGCGGUGCUCAUCUCGCUUUAUUGGCCAAGGGAGCCGGUGUACAGCUUCCGGGUCAUGUGGCCAGCAUGACUAAGCCACUUCUGACGAACCAGAGCAGCACACGGAAACGCCAUUUACCUUCCCGCCAGAGCGGUACCUAUUUAUCUACUUGCACUUUGACGUGCUUUCGACUUGCUAGGUUGGCAGGAGCAGGGACCGAGCAAUGGGAGCUCACCCCGUCUCAGGGAUUCGAACCGCCGACCUUCUGAUCGGCAAGUCCUAGGCUCUGUGGUUUAACCCACAGCGCCACCCGUGUCCCUUCAUUCCUCAGGAGCACUCAUAUAUUUAUUUAUGAGGUGUUAAAAUAAAGUAGCUGCAGCAAACUGGCUUUUUCGCUACUUUAUUUUCCAUAAGUAUAUUAUGCAAGUUGUGAUCUUUGAACUUCAUUGUGAAUACUGUUCCCCACCAUCUGAAAUGGCAGUUCUGGUUUCCAGAAAUACAGCCCUUUUGGAAGAGAAGAGAGUCGUGCAGUAUUUUAAAGAGUGAAAUGGCCUGUUUGUUUAUCAUUAGACAUAAAAUGAAGAACGUGCCUGUGUUAUGCCACAGUUACAGAAAUGUAUCUUACUUCCAAUUUCCUUUCCAGCCGCGCCCCAUAGAUAGCAGUUCCAGUGAGGGGUUCAAGCCAGACAAACUGCGAGGAGAGAUUGAAUUCAAAGACAUCUGUUUCAGCUAUCCCUCAAGGCCUGAUACUCAAGUAAGCUUUUCUUUUUUCUUUUUUCCCUCUUUUUGCUUGUUUGGGGUAUUUAAAGAAAUGUGCAUUAAGAUUUACUGCGUGUUCAAAUAAGUGCUGAUAGGUUUUGUUAAAAUAUAUCACUAGGAUUGCUGUUGUUUAACAAAAUAAAAAUAUCAGCAACUAAAUCAGGUGUUUGCAUUCAGAACAUAGCAUGUGUUUUUGAGAUACAGCAACCAUGUCUCUGUUAACAUGUUUCAUUUUUAGGGUGUUGUUCAUCGAUCAAAUCAACCUGAAGGCUUCUGUGACCUCUGGGUUGUUGUUGUUUUAUUUCAUUGUGUUUUAAAUGUUUAAAUGUUUGUGAAUAAUUCCAGAUUCUCAAAGGUCUGAGCUUAAAAAUCCAGCCUGGGAAAACUAUUGCUCUUGUCGGUUCCAGUGGUUGUGGGAAAAGUACCACAAUUCAGCUAUUGCAGAGAUUCUACGAUCCCGCUGAAGGAGAGGUAUGUUUUGAAGGAACCAUAGCUGUUCAAUUUUCAGUGUCAGCAGUUGCAGCUUGCUGUAUGAAAAAGCACUGAAAUAUUUGGUUGGAAGUCAUUGCUGUAAGAGAUUCAUCUGUGCUUUUGCCACUGUGUUAAGUAAUCCCAUUUUAAAUACUUUCACUGAAUUUAAGAGCAAUUCUUAGUCUGUGCUUCCUGCUUCUGGUCAUUUAGUUUACAUAUUAUUUCAACAGAAUAAAAAUGGUCUCAAAUGAUUCCCCCCCCCAAAAAAAAUAAAUAGUAUUAACAUUUUCAUUUAUAUAUAUUAUACAAAUAUAUAUACAUGACUAUAUUUUUGAUAUUAUAUUCUACACAGAUAAUAUUUUUGUUAAAAUUAAUCUUAGAAAUUCUCUGAAUUAUUUGAUUAUUUGGCCUUCCUUUACUUGACGUUCUUCUUUGCCCAAAUCUGUUGUGCCCUUAUAUGAAGCUGGUUCCUUCCCUCAAUCCUUGACAUUUACUCUUUCUGCUGUCUGAUCUCCAUCUUUAGUUUUGGGCCAUGAAUUUGGAUUAUUUUCCAUCUUUGAAAAUGUCAACUUAAGAUUCCCUUCCAUCUCAUGCAGCUCUUCAAUAGUUUUAACUGUCAGGCAUUGUCCUUAUUGAAAGUCUAAACAGAAUGCCCCAUCGUUAUUUAAUUUUUUUAUUCCUUAAUUGAUAUCUUAGAAAUUUAAACUCCCUAUGUUUAGUAAGAACAUCAGGAUGGAUAUAGAUAAUAUUUCAAUAUCAUGGCCUUCGGUUGAUAAUUUUUCACCCACCUAGUUAAAAUGGUUAAUGGCCUCUUAUUCUCAUAAGCUAAUAAACUUGACCAUAAUGUAACUUGGGAAAUAUUCUCCAUAUUUGGCUAGCACCCAGCCUGAAUGCUACCUUUAUAUUAUUGGAUCAGAGCUGAUCUAAUUAUAUAUAUAUUGUGCUAAAUGUUCAUUUAAGAAAGCUACAACGUUCCUUCUCUGCAAGCCUACCAGGACCCCUCUAAGUUUUGAAUUUCUCCUGCAUAUUUCUUGCUGAAGUUAUUCUAAAUUGUCUCUGGCUUUAUCUAAUCCCACUUCCAACUCCCAAUUUGUAGUUUUUGCUUUUCUUAGCAAUGCCUUGACCUCUUUUUAUUUUGUUGCCCUUUUUUUACCUUCAUGACCUACUGUAGUCUCAAGUCAAUAUACAGUAUACAACUCUUAUUGAAACUAAUUGCCUAAAUACAAAAAGUUCAUAUUAAGAAGGAUCAUAAGAUUUGGCCAGGGCAAGUCUGUAUGUACAUAUGUGUCAACAUUUUAGCUUGCUUUUCCCUUAAUGAAAUAGGCUGCAUUCAAGCAAUCAUAGUAAGAUAUGAACAAACCUCAUUUCCCCUCUUCACCCUCCCUUUGCAAUUGAGUAAACAAACCCAGAAGUCAUCUGUUAUGCUCGAACCAGGAAACUGUGGUCAGUGGUUUCCAAACCAGACUGGAUCUGAAGCCAACUUUAAAUCAUAGUUUCAUAUCCAUACUUCUUUAAAAGCAAAUAACCACAGUUUUGUGGUUCAGAUGUAAUGGAAAACUAUAGCUUACUGAAGUAUAUUUAUCCCUGCAUCAUCCGUAAAGUUAGAAGUUAUCUAAGAAAGUUUAUCUGAAUGUAUCUAUUAACUAAGCCCGUUUUAAAACCUGCUUUUGUGACCUCUUACAAAUUGCUACAUCUUUAUCCCAGAUAACCAUAGAUGGACAUGAUAUCCGGACACUCAAUCUCAAGUGGAUGAGAGAAAACAUUGGCAUUGUAAGCCAGGAACCCGUAUUGUUUGCUACUACAAUAGCAGGCAACAUCCGCUACGGCAGAGAGGAUGUUACUGAUGCUGACAUUGAGCAAGCAGCAAAAGAAGCUAAUGCUUAUGACUUCAUAUCCAAACUUCCUGAUGUGAGUACCUGAACUGUCAUAUUCUCUGUUACGAUCUGGAGAACUUCGUUCCUACAUGUGCAAGGAUUUACAUGUGUCAGCUUUUAAACUACAGUCAUACCUUGGAUCUCAAACGCCUUGACUCCCGAACAAAUCGGCUCCUGAACAAUUGAAACCUGGAAGUGAGUGUUCUGUCUGCUGCGUCUUCCGAUUGGCUGCAGGACGUUCCUGCAGCCAAUUGGAAGCCGCGCCUUGGUUUUUUAACAGUUUUGGGAGUCAAACAGAUUCCCGGAACGCAUUCUGUUCGAGAACCAAGGUACGACUGUACAGUGGUACCUCUGGUUGUGAACGGGAUCCGUUCCAGAGCCCUGUUUGCAACCUGAACAGAAUGCAACCUGCAUCUGCACACGUGCGGGUUGUGAUUCGCCGCUUCUGCGCAUGCACAUGAUCUCAUUUUGCGUGUCUGCACAUGCACAAGCUGCAAAACCCAGAAGUAAUCGUUUCCGGUACUUCCGGGUCGCCGCGGUACACAACCUGAAAAGACAUAACCUGAACCGAACGUAACAAGAGGUAUGACUGUAUUGCUAAUUGUUUUUCACUCCAGUAGAUGGACAAAGAAUUUUUCUUUUUUAAAACAACAACAUAGCUGUACAUCUGCCUGUGGGGGGCGGGGGCACUGGAGUGAGUGGAAAUGCCCCUCUGCUCAGCUCUGAAGCUAAACUGGCCUCCUGUCACCAGUCCAAAACAGGGCAUUUGGGGGGGAAACCAAGUCAGUCCAGGAACCACUCUUGCUGCCAUCGCAUGAUCGAGCCCAACCAUUGGCAGUUUAAUCUUGAGUCUUGGCGGGCUGUCCUGCACUGCAGUGUGGUUGUCCGGGGAAUUUACAAUGGCUGGCUGCUGGGAGGUGAUUCCUCACUACUCUGGAAAUGGAGGGUAGCCCGCGAGGGGCCACAACCACUGCCCACCUAGAGCCGGGUAAGCUCUGUGGUUAAUCAUUGAGAUGGCUCCAGUCAACCAAUCCUUUGCUUCCUUUUGAUAACAGAAAAACUUAUUCUUAGCAAAUGGCAUAUUCAAUCUUACAGGACACACUGGUGAAUCAAAUGUGAAUAGCUAACCAAAUUAUUUAGACUGUUCACACAAAUGAAGAAACCCGUUUUAUUACUGGAGUGCCAAUAUAGCACUUUCGCCCCUUCUUCUCUCCAUUGGGAAAGUUUCCAGGUAUUGUUAGCUAAAUCUGUCCCUGAUAUAAAGGUAAAGGGACCCCUGACCAUUAGGUCCAGUCGCGGACGACUCUGGGGUUGCGGCGCUCAUCUCACUUUAUUGGCCAAGGGAGCUUCCAGGUCAUGUGGCCAGCAUGACUAGGCUGCUUCUGGCGAACCAGAGCAGUGUACGGAAAUGCCGUUUGCCUUCCCGCCAGAACGCUACCUAUUUAUCUACUUGCACUUCAUGCUUUCGAACUGCUAGGUUGGCAGGAGCAGGGACCGAGCAACGGGAGCUCACCCCGUCACAGGGAUUCGAACCACCAACCUUCUGAUCGGCAAGCCCUAGGCUCAGUGGUUUAACCCACAGCGCCACCCGCGUCCCAGAUAUUUACAGAUAAAUCUGUUAUUAGCACCAUCUCUGCUGCAAGUAAUAAGUCCUUAUGCUCAUGAGCAGGGGUCAGCAAACUUUUUCAGCAGGGGGCCAGUCCACUGUCCCUCAGACCUUGUGUGGGGCUGGACUAUAUUUUGAAGGGGGGGAGAAUGAAUUCCUAUGCCCCACAAAUAACCCAGAGAUGCAUUUCAAAUAAAAGGACACAUUCUACUAAUGUAAAAACACACUGAUUCCCGGACCGUCCACGGGCCGGAUUUAGAAGGCGAUUGGUCUGGAUCCGGCCCCCGGGCCUUAGUUUGCUUACCCAUGCUCAUGAGGUAUGAUACCCUGAAAACAGAAACGAAAGCUCCUUUGCUGAACGUUACUGAAUGUUUUGUGUUUGGCUGUAGAGUGUUACUUCUACGCAGCAUCGCCUUUUCUUGUUUGUAACUAAGAGUGGAAACUCUAAUGUGAUUCAGUCUGAUUUCUGAGCUUUGAAUUUCCCAGAAAUUUGACACCAUGGUUGGUGAAAGGGGAGCUCAGCUGAGUGGAGGACAGAAACAACGUAUAGCAAUUGCUCGUGCCCUAGCCAGGAACCCCAAGAUCCUGUUGCUGGAUGAAGCUACCUCUGCUCUGGAUAAUCAAAGUGAAUCCAUAGUGCAAGCAGCACUUGAUAAGGUAAAUAGUCUGUUAUCAUAGAAUCGUAGAGUUGGAAGGGACCCUGAGGAUCAUCUAGUCCACCCCCCUGCAAUGCUUGGUUGUAUAGCACCUUGGAUUCCCCACCCCCUUAUGGGUGAUUUUAAAAUAUUUAAAUAAAAACAAACAAAAAUGCAAGAUGCCAAAGCAGUGAGACUUGGUGUACUGUAGUGUUAACCAUGUUAAUUUAGCCAACACUGAGAUGAUAAUGUGAAAUCUGUAAAGGAAAUGCUAAAUCGGUUGAGGAAACAGCAAUAAUGAUAUGUCUAAUCAUGGGCUGAAAAUACAUUGAAAGGAAAUCAAAUGUGAGAGAUGAAUUAUAACUAAAAAAUCUAGUUAAAUAUAAGAGGUGAUUAAUAGAAUUGUUGGAUGUAUGUUAUUGGUAGUAAAUAAAUAAUCUCUGGGACGCCUCCUUUUAGACAUUCUGUGUGCAGAUGUCAGAUGAACAAAGUUUCUUGUGUAUACCGUAUUUUUCGCUCUGUAAGACGCACCAGACCACAAGACACACCCACUUUUUGGAGGAGGAAAACAAGAAAAAAAAAUUCUGAAUCUCAGAAGCCAGAACAGCAAGAGGGAUCGCUGCGCAGUGAAAGCAGCAAUCCCUCUUGCUAUUCUGGCUUCUGGGAUAGCUGCGCAGCCUGCAUUCGCUCCAUAAGACACACACACACUUCCCCUUACUUUUUAGGAGGGAAAAAGAGUCUUAUAGAGCAAAAAAUACUGUAUGUUUCUUGUGUUUGUGUAUACAAAAAUGUUUGCCUUCCACCCUUUUUUUUCCCCCUCAAGGCCAGAACUGGGCGAACCACCAUUGUGAUUGCUCACAGACUCUCCACCAUCAGGACAGCCGACAUUAUUGCUGGCUUUGAGAAAGGUGUCGUUGUUGAACAGGGGACCCAUGACGAGCUCAUGGCACAUAAGGGAGUCUACUAUGCACUUGUAAUGCAGCAGGUAAUGAGCCAUCGUGGCCCAUUUUACACAUAAAGCUAAACCCAUGGGCCAGCAUAAUGGGAACUCAGAGAAAGAGAAGAGGUUGGACCAGGUGAAGCAUGGAAGUAUGCAGGGCUUUGUGGCAGGUGGGUGAGAGACUAGAGAUCCUUUUCACAGAGUUAAGAGUGUUGGGAAAGAUGGCAGGUUGCCAAAGAAGCGAAACCAUUACAAUGGACCACUUUUGUAUGGUUUGUAUCAUGCUACUGCACCUACCAUUUGGGUUUGCCUUUUCACCCAAUUAUAUUCCCUGUGUUGAUUGAAGGUGCUUGAAACAGCUAAGCAUUCACGCUUGGUGGGCACAGCAGUGGUGGUUAAAAGCUAAUUUGCACACAAAUGGGGAUACUCAAGAGAAACAACACAUGUUUGUCUUUGCCAAAUGUUGUUUGCUUCUCUAGUGUAACAUAACAAAGAAUUCAUAUAUAUCAGGGAUGGCUAACCCAUGACCUAUGGGUCGUAUCAGGUCAUGCAAGAGGUUUUUUGAAGAGAGGGCCCAGACCCUCCCCAUUUUCUUUUUUUAAAAUGGAAGUUACUUAGUUAGUUUUAGUUAGUUAUUUCCUGCCCUUCACACUUACAACCAUACAAAAUAAGGUGGGUCCUGAAAACCUAUGCCUCAAAUGCUGAAAGCCACUGUAAUGCCACAAUACUAAAAUGUUUCUUGUGGCACCCCAAAUGUCCAUUUUUCAUAAUAAUAAUAAUAAUCCUACCCCCCUUCUUUACUGAUGAUUCCCGUGAGUCCCCUGCUGUGAUUCUGUGAUGCUCAGAAUACCCCACAAAAAUUGUUGCUAAAAAACCAACCCAAUCAUUUGGCCAUGCCAACUUUGACAUAGGGCCCCAGAAAGUUGACCAUGCGUGUAUAGCCCUCAGCCUUAAAAGGGUUAUUUCUACCCAUCUGCCCAGAUGACACCCAAGCAAAGUUACAGACUGAACUGGUGCUUUCUUCUGUCUCUGUCUGUUUCUGAGAACUACUGUACUGGGUACUUUUAUUUAUUUUAAUUCCACUUUCAUUGAUAGAAAUAGGCAAGUACUUUUCAGUUAGAGGUGCUCUACAUGUUCAGGAAAAGCACGUAGUACAGGUUCCAUAGGUUUCAGAGCAGAAGUGUGAGAGCCUGUUUAAAUACUCUUGUCAAAAACUCAUUGCACGUUUAAAAAGGGGGGGAACCUUCAUGUAUCAAAAGAAAGACUAUGCUAGAAUCCUUUUAUUGAAUAUCUCUUGGGCAACUAGUUUUGGAAUGGAACCCAAAAAUGACACCACCACCCAAAAAAUCUGGAAUUGCGCCACUUCAGAAUACGCCACAGAGAUUUAAUCAUUGUACAUAGUGUACAGAGAUUUAAUCAUUGUACAUAGUAAUUAAAUACGUUUCUCAUGAUAUUUUCCAUGGGUAAUAAAUUUUCUUCGGAAUGACUAAUUCCUUUUUACCUUAGUGCUAUGGUGGAGAUGAUCAAAGCGAUGAAACAGUAGAAGAAACAGAUUUUGAGACUGAGGAAGAUGACGACGACUCUGAGGAUGAUUAUCUAAAUGACGUAGAAGCCAGUGUCUUGGAAAAUCCUGUUGGUGGCACAGAAAUAGCUAAGGGAGGAAGCUUCCGUAAACGCAGCCUCAGUAGGGCUUCUACGAAAAGAUACUCUGACAGGAAGAAGAGGAAGAGGAGGAAGAAGAAGAACGGGAAGAAGAAGAAAGUGGUUGGUGCUAAAAUUAAUUCUUAACAUGCCUUGUGAGAAUAGCAUAAAAUUUAGAACAGAACAUUCCAUUUUUGUUAAGAUGGUAGUGCAUUGUGUUUCUUAUACAUCAUGCUAGACCUGACUACUGUUCAGUUUCAGCUUUCAUGAACAUAAUCCAUAUUCUUUUUAUUGUUGCAUGUAUGUUGGCUGAGGUUUAAAUAUAAAGUCUCUAUCUGUCAGGCGGCUGCAAGCAACUUCUACAGCCGGUUGCCAGGAACGUACAAAGACAAGGAAAAGUUUCUUAGCAUCCGCUUUUUAUUCAGUAUUUACAGAGAGAGGCUUUGGAACCCAGCCUCUUGGAUAAUGGCGUUGUCCCAAGUAAAUCUCUACACACACCCUUCUCGCCCACUUCCUCAUUCGUCAUCAGCAUCACACCACUUAGUGGCAUCUGUCUUCAAGCUCUUUGCUCUCCUACUUUUAAGGCUCGCCGGGUUCUGGGAGAUGGUGGGUCUGGAAUGCUUUCUAGUGAUAACGUGUCAGCCAGCUUCUGCUCCAGCUCUGCCUGCUCCUUCUCUCCCAUUAUUUCCCAACUUUCCCCCUCAUCUUCCUCUGAGCUCUGACCUCCCUCCCUCUGGAAGGGAGUCGGUCUCCACUAUUGCUCCUCUGCCCAGUCCCUGACACUAUCACUCAGAGAUAAUCUUUCAUUAGCUCUCUACAGGGGUCAGGUUGAAUGUGUGAAGGAACAAGGAGGACCAUGCAGGGGAUGUUCUUCCCCAUACCAGCAUUGGUAUGGUGGGAACUGUCUAACAUGUAGGGUUUUCUGGCACAUGAGUAGUCAAGCUGGAAAUGCCUUCACUACAUUCAGUCCAAAUGGCUUUCCAUGGCUGGACUCUGAACAAAGUAAUUCUGCAAAUUUGAAGCAUAGGCCAGAGGUGGGUUCACGCAGUGCCAGCAGGAAUUUAUCCACCCACUUCCUGAAGGACUCUUAUAACAAUGGAAAGUUUCCAUUAUUAUUAAAUAGGCAGUGAAAAAUAAAGGCAGACCCACCCACCCCAACCAAAGCACAAGAGAGAGGUAAAGCAGAUGAGGUGAACCACUGUUUAGAUCCACUGGUGGGCAGACUUGACAUUUUCCAUUGUGGAAACAGACUUGCUUGUCAGGUGUCGAAUGCCCUGGGAGCGCUCUCUUGUUUUCUUCCCCUAUCGCAUUUGUCUUCAUGCAUGGAAAAAAAAAAUAGGGGGGGGGUUUGCAGAAAUGGGAGACAGUCCAGUGGUUUAGAAAAAGUUGUGCAGAACAAACAAACAAGAGAGUAUUGACCAGGCAUAGGCAAACUUGGCCCUCCAGAUGUUUUGGGACUACAACUCCCAUCAUCCCUAGCCAACAGGAACAGUGGUCAGGGAUGAUGGGAGUUGUAGUCCCAAAAAACAUCUGGAGGGCCGAGUUUGCCUAUGCCUGGUAUUGACAGAUGAACAAAAUAUUGUUUCACAGUAGGCAAAGUGGAAGAAGGGAUGGAGUUAAGAGUGGGAAAGUGGAACUGGGAGCCAGUGAAAAACACAGUCCCGGUGUAGCAUUCCUGGAAGCAUCCAUUUUGCAAAGCUGAGAAUAGAUUUUCCCAGCUGGGUCUUUACCAUGAGUGCCCAGUUGUUAAGGUUCUACUCUUGUUUUAAAUGAAUUUGUGUUUUUAACUGUUUUAAAUAAUCUUUUGAGUAAAUCUCCUUGAGACGAUGGUUUAAAAGGUAAUUAAUAUAUCCAUUGUAAUAGUAAUAAUAAUAUGCCGAAAUAUGGUCAUGCUUCUGUCAGUAUCUAUCAAUCCUGUGAAAAAUAGCUUGUCUGAAAAACUUGCCUCAUGACUUCAUGUGAUAUUUUCUACAAACUUGUAUGCUUGAUUCUGUCUUCAUAUAACCUGACAUAAAGAUACACCUAUGUCCAUAUCUGGAGAAAAAGAUAUAUUGGUUAAAUUGCAGUUUUGUACAACUCUCUGGUGGUUUUGGUAAUUGGACUUGACUGAUAGACAAAGCAAUUUGGAAGAGGUUUGAUACACUUGUGAUAUUACUUCCUAACCACCAACUUCAAGGAUGGCUGUAGCUGUGCUAGACUCAUGUUCUCUAUUUUUACUUUUUAAUUUUUAAACAUUGAGAUCCCUUUUUUUCUGAAGAAUUAAGCGGCUUACAUCAAAACAUGAAAAUGAUGAGAAAUCAAAAUUAAAUUAAAAGACUCUUUUAAAAAUCAUUCAUCAGAAAGGUUCAUGCGUUAAAGUUGCCAUUCAUUAAGACUGAUCCAGUUUGACUUUUCAGUGCCCUUUUGGAUAGAUUUUGACAUGAGUCGGCCUUUUGUUCCAUUUUCCCCCUUCGUUUUCUCCACAUUUUUGAGCAAUUAAAACUUUGCUGACAAUCAAUGGGUGUGCAUAGCUCAGUCAGUUUCCGUAUUUAGUACAUUCUGAGUUCAUACUAAUUUCCCAGCAAUCUUCUGCUAGCAUGGUUCAUUGCUCAGGCAAUUACAUUACCCCCUUCAGUGUUCUCACCCGCUGGUGACAACUGGAAUUUUGUCUCUUACAGGAAGAGAAGCUCCCUGAGGUGCCUUAUUCUAGAAUUCUAGCCCUGAAUAAGCCUGAAUUCUGCUCUAUAGUGUUUGGAAUCAUUGCUGCUGCCAUUGGAGGUGGUGUCACGCCUGCAUUUGCUGUUCUGUUCGGUAAAAUAAUUGGGGUAAGUUUAGAAGCUUAUACUUCAGCCUCUGCAAAAAACCUUUUGCUUCCACUUUCCAUUCUCUUUAGGAUGUUACCCUCUUCUCAGUUCAUUGAAAACAAAGAAAUUCAGUGUGUCAUUGGUUGGUUUUCCAUAAUGACAUCUGGUCCAAGUGCCUUUAUAAUAAGGAUACUUGCCAGCACCUUUUGCUCUCAACCAGUGCAUACUUUUAAAAAACACAUUCUAGAUAAUUUAAAAGCCUGAAAGAUUUAAUGCCAAUAUGCAUUAAAUAUUGGGCAACUGUGGGGGCAGCCUGUGGGGCUAUGGAGCUGCCCUCCUGCCACUGGCCUCGCUACAGCUUACUCGUCUGGGAGCAGUAGAGAGGUUGGGGCUGCAAGAGUACUGGAUAGGCUCUGCCAGUGCAGCCCAGUUUGAUUCACAUAAGCUACAGUGACUCUGGUGUCAGGUCAGGAGGGUAGCUUUCAGUCUUCCCCACUGCAUGCCUUUUUAUGGGCCAACUAGAAAUUACCGUAUUUUUCUGUGUAUAAGAUGAGGUUUUUAUCUUUUAAAAUUAUGUUUAAAAUUGGGGGUCGUGUUAUACACAGGUAGUGCCAUGAGCAGGAGAUUGUCAGCGGCUAUUGGGCGGUUGAUUGGUGGCCGCGGCAAGGGCUGUUGUCGAUUGGCUGCCCCUGUGUCAAUUGGGCAGGUGAAUGGCGGCAUUUGCUUUGCUUGCUAUUUUCAGCGUUGGUCCUUAACAACUCUUGACAAUCUCCCCCCAUUUUCUUAAUUUGGAGUCCCCACAAACAGGGGGCAUGUUAUACAUGGAAAAAUACAGUACUGUACAUAAGUUGGCUUUCUGAUUUGGACAUAUUUGGCCAGUUAUAAAAGAUCUUGCCUGGCUUCCAGUUUGUUUCCAAUCAGAAUUCAAAAUGCAUAUAACAUUUUAAAGCCCUAGGUAGCUUUAAAGGGCAACUCCAUCCAUAUUAAUCUUUCCAGUCUUCUGACACUUGGAGAGUCUCUUCUCUCAGGGUCUCUGCCUUUUGAAGUGGAGGACAGGGCCUCUUCAGUGAUGGCUCUCUUCUCCCAGGCCUUUGGCUAACUAAAUAAACUAUGGUCUUUUAAACUGGCGGGCUCGGGGUAUUGUUUUUGUUUGUUACCAUGUUGUCAGGGGUUCAGGAGCAGAGGCAAGGGCAAGGGAGGAAACAGAGAGCGAGGGGGAGGAGGCAGAAGAAAAGAUGAGUGAUGACGACGACCCGAGAUCUCCGAGUCUUUCCAGUGAAUCAGAAGAUUCACAGAAAGGAGCACCAGUGGCCAGGGCAAGGGGGAGCCUAGGGGACGCCCCAGGAAGAUAGAGCCAGAGGGGACUCAGAAGGGAGCAGUUGGAAAUCGGGACCAGCGUCACCGCCAGAGAGCAGGGAAGAGGAAGGGAGCCAGGGAUCAAGCGCUGGCAGCUCACAACAGGGGGGAGGGCACGAGUCAGGAGUGGCCACACCUCCAUCGGGGAGCGAAGAAACGGUCAGACGGAAGGUGGAAGGUUGGGCGCGCGCGCCAAGUUCAAAUGCACAGGAAGGUGGCACAGUAGGCAGCCCGGAAAGGGAGCCAGGUCCUAAAGCCCGCCGAAAGGAGGGAGAAGAGUCAGGGGGGGGGAACGUCAGCGUCAGAAGAAUCCCGGAAAGAAGAGACCCCAGGGGGCAGAGGGACCCAGAGAAGAACAGUCAGGCGGAAAAGGUGGAGCAGGGCUAGGAUAUUAAGUUGGUGUACAAGGGGCGGAGACUCAGACGGAGCUUCGCCGAUCUAACCCCUAGACGUAGAGCUGGGGCGCUGCGGCUUGAAAAUGGAAACUGUACUUCAAUAAAGACUUUUGUACAUUACUGCCGGCUAGCGUUGGUCCUCUGUGAGCUGGGACCUGGAGCCAGCUCUGACACAUGUUAUGUAUUAUUUUUUUUUUAUUAUAUUGUAAAUCACCCUGUGAUCCUCGGGUGACAGGCAGUGUAGAAAAUAAAUAAAUGAUUUUCUAGUACUGGUGACUAACUCUGUGCUUUGUAACCCAGGCUUUCCAAGAAACAGACGAAAACAAGAAAAGCCAAAAAACGGUGUUGUUUUCUCUUAUGUUUCUUUUGUUGGGAGUGAUCAGCUUAAUAACAUAUGUUGUCCAGGUAAGGACUAUCCUAAGGCCUAAAUAAUAAUAAUAAUAAUAAUAAUAAUAAUAAUAAUAAUAAUAUCAGAAUGGCACAGCAGAUUGCUGAAAUUUGUGAGACCAUGAUAACGUACCAACUCACUCAGAAAAUUCAAGCAAAACAAGAAAUCCCUGUCCCCACUCCCCAGCAAAAAAUAAAUAAAUGGUGUUGAGGCACCAUGGUUUUCAUUUAUUUAAGAUAUAGAAGCCCUCAAGCUUCUGGGCACAUUUCAGUCAAAUAAUGAUGCAUGAUUACUGUAAACUCUGAUUGUAAUGGCAGCUCCAGAACUGGGGUUGAGGUGCAAGAUGAUGAGAGUAGGAUCCUACCACCUAUUUCUAUGAACUUCUGUGCCCCAGCGACCUAAAACUGAUAUUGCAAAGGCAAUAGCUGGAGUGGGUUGGAACUUUAUAAAUGGAGGGAGGAGCUGCUGUCACUCAGAAAUGCAACCACUGCAGUGCAUUCAGUAUGAUAAGAACACCAAAUGUAAAUAAAAUGGGGUGAGGUGUUGGGUAAAAGAAUAUUUAGGACCGAUGGUGCAGCGACCUAUGUGCAUUCAGUAUGAUAAGUACACCAAAUGUAAAUAAAAUGGGACGAGGUGUUGGGUAAAAGAAUAUUUAGGACUGAUGGUGCAGCGACCUAUGUGCCUGGUAGCCAGUAGCACCAAGAAAGAAGAUGAUUGUUGCAGUUGCAGGAAGCUAAUUUCUUCUCCUAUCUGACUACUUAUUUUUACACAUGUUUUGCCACUCCUGCUCAUGACCCCUUCUUGUUACUGCAUUUCUCAUACCAACAUCUAGUCCCCCUCUGCCCCCUGGAACUUGGGACUAGAAAGGUGGACUAGUAACCUUCAUGAUCAAUACUCAAAAUUUGUGGGUGUUAUGUUUAUAGGACACUUUAUCACUGUCUUAAUUAGAGGAGCAAGCUUGAAAAGGCAAAAGGGUGACUAGUUUUGCAAAUUGGCCUUAUUUCUAUUCUAGAAGCACUGGAAUGGAAAUACAGUGUGUGUUGAAAUGAGGACAGCCUGGUUCUUGUUCAACUAACAGAAAAAUGUUGGCCCUCAGCAACCUUUCCUCAACUUAGCUUAACAAUUGGAAAAAUACCAGAACAUACUGUAGGAUUUCUAUUGAGUUCUGUAUUAGUAAAUAGCUUCAACUAUUACAGCGCUUUAGUCUAUAGCUCAUCAGUCUUAAAAAUGCUAUGGCAUUGUACAGGUAAAUAAAAUCUAAAUGCUUCAUGUUUUCAUUUUUCAGGGAUUCAUGUUUGGGAGGUCUGGGGAAGCUCUGACUAUGCGGUUGAGAUCACUUUCAUUCAAAGCAUUGCUUCAACAGGUAACACCUACAGAUACAGGAAAAGGGGGGCAAUUUUGUGGGUGGGUCUGGGAUGUGGUCCAUUGUCUUCAGGGGCAGUCUCUAGUCUCCAUGCUGAAGGGCAAGUAGGGAAGCCUCAAGUCAUUAUACAAAGCCUCUCCUCCUCCAGGAGGGGAGGGAUUUUGAGCGGGAACAGUUUCCCGCGUUAUACAGGGGGCGUUCCGGCCCCUGCCCUGCUCCAUCGCUGGCAAGCCACGCCUCCCAGAAGAACACCCAAUCAGGUGGCAGCUCGGGGGCGUGGUUUAGCCACUCAAAUGUGGCCGUGCCAGCUCUCCCCACCAUUGCACUGCCGAUCUUUUCAAGUCCCCCCCCCACCACUACCUUUAGGGCUUAGCUGCUCGCUUGACCUUGCUAUGGACCUGUGGUUGGUCGCCCUGGUUGCCUAGGGGGCCCUGGUAGGAGUUUUUUCCAAUUGGCAAAUUGGCACUGGCCUUUUGGUUUUUUCCGCCUACCUCGUAGCAGUCGUCACAACUUUCUUGGUAUUUGGCGGUUAGGCAUUGGAAUAGGUUGUUGGUGUGUGGAAGGGCUAGGUGUGGCCAUCACCUGCCCCUUCACUUUUGGGUAUUCCGUUAAAGGAAUCCGGCGGUCGUGCAUCCUGUCCGAUGCCCUGUGCGGCUGGGGGUCAUGGCACGACCCCUGGUGACAUCAGGGGAGAGCUUAUAGUUGUAUUUGCAUCAACAGACUCCCCCUACUGGUGGUUAACCCUCAUCAGACUCACCCCUCUCUGAGUGGGUGGAGUCAAAAUUUGCGGUUGUCCAGUGCCUAAGCCAAUACCUCUCACAUGCUGUAAUCAAUAAAGUUGUGACCUCUUCUAGCCCAUUAACCUAAUAUGCUGUGUCCAUGUUAUAUGCUGUGUCCAUAUUAUUCCCAAGCGGGAAAAGGGUCCUCGAAUCACAAAAGAUUGCGGGAACGUAGGAAGUUGACCUGCUGAGUCAGACCAUCUAGCUCAGUGUUGUCUCCAAUGAUUGGCCACAACUCUUGCUUGGAGAUGCCAAAGAUUCAGCCUGAGGCAAAACUUCUGCUCUGUCACAGAGCUACAAUCCCUCCCAACUUCCUAAGUGUUUCUUUAAAAAUGAAAAACCUAUCACGUACUUCAAAUGCUUCAUAGGCUGCUUUGAGCUAUGACAAUAUCCAUUUGCAAAGGCAAAAAUUAUCUGAACCAUCUUUUUCAUUUUCAGGAAAUUGGAUGGUUUGAUGACCAUAACAACGGCAUCGGAGUUUUGCUAACCCGGCUUGCUACAGAUGCUUCUCAAGUCAAAGGAGUAUGUUUUCCAUUUAUUUAGGGGUCUUUUUUUAAAAAAAAAAAAUAGAAUUGAAAUUUAAAUUGCAGUGAUUUCAAAAAGAAGCUUUUGUGGAAAGAGCAUAAUAAAUCUGCUUUUGAAUCUGCAUGGCAUUUAAUGUACCACACUGACAGUGGGUUGUAUCAAGUACUGGUCAUAUUCAGAGUAGACCAUCGGAAAUUAAUGGAUAUGACAAACUUGGGUUCAUAAAUUUCAGAGAGUCUGCUCUGAAUAAAAUUGAGCAGUACACAACUCAUUGUCUUUAAUUUGUGGCUAUCGAUGAUUCAGCUUGCUAUAAACUUGACUUCUGGUAAAUGUAGCUUGUUGAAUAUAAUGCACACCUUGGGGCAUUUGGGUUGGUUAAGAGUGAGAGAGGUCAGUCUAGAGAGGAUCUCCUGCAGUCGCUUAAAUGUUGUUUGACAGAAAUGUCUCUGGAUGAUUUAUUUCAGCACUAUGACAUUGGGUUGCAGGUGUAAUUGUGCCAACUAGCCUACUAGAUUUGUAGCAUCUCAUGCUGACAUCAUGUUGGCAUAGAGACUCUUACUUUCAUUCCAAGGUGCCUUUGCAAAAAUCCUGAUGAAUCAUUCUAACUAACAAAGAGGAAUUUUGUGAGGACUACUGAAUGGCUUUUCAAAACUUUUAGGAACAUGACUUGGCAAGAGCAGGGCUGCUAUAUUGGUUGAAGCUAAAGAGAGAUUAAAUAUGUGCAUUGUGCCUUCUUAGUUAAACUCCCAAGUAUAAUUGUGCCUCACUUGCUAUUUUAGUAAGACAAUGGCUAGCCAUAUGCAGAGUUAGACCCACUAAUGAACAUGAUUAACUUGCAUGUGUGUUUGCAAUUAAUUCUUUAAUGAGAUUAACUUCCAACGUGUUGUCUUUUGUUUUUGUUAUUUCUAGGCUACUGGAAGUCGGCUGGCCUUAUUAACCUCAACGAUCUUUACACUCUUGACAGCUAUUAUUAUUGCUUUUGUGCAUGGUUGGCAAUUAACAUUGCUCAUCCUGGCCUGUAUUCCUUUCGUUAUGAUAGCCCAUGUUAUACGACUGAAAUCAGUGACCGGCCAUGCGUCGAAGGAUCAAAAAGCCCUUGAGGAAGCUGGAAGAGUGAGUUCUAUAUAGUUAAAACAUGUGGUUCUGAUUAGAUCUGUGGCAGUGAUAGAAGGGAAAAUUUCCAACACGGCUCUUAACUUUUAUUCAUGUCCAUUGAUGCCUAUCCCAGAAGCCCUUGGUUGGUUUGUCGAUUGGCUUUUCAAAAUAUUUCUAUAUCAUCAAGUUUUCAACACAGUAAAAGGAUGAACACUGAUUUAAAACACACUCCACUAAAGCCAACCAUUAAAGCAGUUGAUGUGAAUGCCCUAGGAAUCUAUACAGGGUUCGUUCAAUUACAGUCGUACCUUGGUUUUCAAACAGCUUAGUUCUCAAACGUUUUGGCUCCUGAAUGCCGCAAACCCGUAAGUGACUGUUCCAGUUUGCAAACUAUUUUUGGAAGCCGAACGUCUGAUGAGGCUUCCGCGGCUUCUGAUUGGCUGCAGGAGCUUUCUGCAGCCAAUCAGAAACUGUGCUUCAGUUUCUGAACGUUUUGGAAGUCGAACUGACUUCUGGAACAGAUUCCGUUCAACUUCCAAGGUACGACCGUACAUGGAACUGGAAGAUGUCCCCAGCUGUAUUUGGGUGCCCUCAGGUGACAGACUGGCUCAGGCAGAAUCGUGGCCACUUACCUGAUAUGACUGCUGGGAUAUCAAUACUCACAGUGGGGACAGUGAUUCCUCCACAAGUUGCUCAGCAUGGUGCACUUUGGAUGGUCCGGCAAGUACUUGACCGAAGGAGUAACCACUGCAGAUAACCACUUCUAAUAUGUUACUUCAGGUUACUGUCCCCAAACCCUCCGGGUGCAAGUGCCUGACUUCUGACAUUGUUUCAAUGCCUGGACCCUUAGUUGCACCUAGUUCAAUAUUGUGUAUGGCUAUGAGGUUAAACAUCUAAUGGAGAACACCUAACCUUUAGUGAAAUCGGGAUUUUCUAAAGCCUUGUACUUUCCUUGUUUCCCAAAUCAGAUUUCAACAGAAGCUGUAGAAAAUAUAAGAACUGUGGUUUCAUUAACAAGAGAAGACAGAUUUUUUGAGAGAUAUAUUUCAAGCGUAGAAGGUCCAUACAGGUAAAUUUGUAUGCAGGUCUGUCGUCGUCUUCUUUGAGUUCUUGAGUUUUAUUUCUUAAUUACAUUAUUUCACAAACUAAAAAUAUUAUUGUGCAUAAUUAUGUUAAAUUUCUAGAAGUGUGAUUGUACCAUUUCCCCAUACACAAUUUAGAUAGAUAGAUAUCACCCCUUUAAGGUCCAAAUAUCUGGGGCUUGCAAUGGCUUUAAACAGCUAGUACCAAAAUGUGCAGGUGAGUGAUGUGUAAAGCCCAAUGGCUCCUGCAGAACUUUGAAUAUGUUGAGUUUUAGCAUACAACUGCUAGACAGUCUUUUCAAAAGACUUUUCAAAACUUUGGUGCAUGCAGAAACCACCAUUCAAACAGUCUUAUUUGUGUUCCCAGCAGUUCUGAGUUCCCAUAGCGAUGUGAUGAUGUGUCUCCCAUGAUCCUCUUUUAGUAUUGUAAUGGAAAGGGAGGAAUUUCUACUUCAUUUACAGCUAAUUUUCGAACAGUCUUACUGAUGACACUAGAGACACUGAGGAGCGUAUCUUGAUCCAAGCUGGUUUAGUAUUAGUGGAGUACAAGUCUUGGUUUUGAUACCAUGUCUCUCAGUGUGCAGCAUGGGUUUAUCUUGUUCUGCUGCCAUACUCAGCUCACCUACACAGAUUGGAUGGCAUGCGUAUCUUAAUUAUGAGAAAGUAAAAGUCAAUAAAGAAUUCACAAGUAAUGUAUUAAGAGGUGUAUUAUAUAAAGUUUGGAACAAAUAUAGAUUGCAUCUGGAACCACAGACACCUUGGUGGAUAUCACCACUGGAGGCAUAUGCUAUCAAAAAAUUGAAUAUGAGGACAAAUUGGCUAACAUAUAGACAAUUAUUGGAAGAGGAACAAGGGAAAAUCAGAUUAAAAUCAUAUGAAGAGAUGCGGCAAUAUGAAGUUGACAGAUGGCAGUAUAUACAACUUAGAAGUAUAUUCAACUCGGAUCAAAAGAAAGGAUUUGCAAAAGAGGAUUCAAAAUUUAACAUCACACUGAUACAGAAUAGUAAGAAAUUGUUAUCACCUACACAGAUUGGGCACAGUAUGUAAGUGGUGAAGACCCUUGCUUGACCAAUCUUGCCCGAUAACAAUGACAAGCUAUUGGGCUUAUGGUAUUUGGAUUUCUGCUACUUGCUUGUUAUGCCCAACAUAUAUAGAUGAGUCAUGUCCCAAGAUGGGCUGGGUGUUGAGAAAAUGGAUAGUGUGAUUCCACUACCCCCAUUUGUUGAGGAUUCAUUUCUUCAGUGUGGUUUUUUGGUUUUAAAAGCUUACUAGCAUCUUAGUCAAUGACUCUGACUUGCUUUUUAAAAAUACUUUGGGAGUAGAAGCUCUACUGUUCCUUUUAUUUCAUGAUGAAUUGUGACUCUUUAAUUGGCUUUCUCGUUUAACAGGGACUCUCUGAAGAAGGCUCCCCUUCAUGGAGUUACAUAUGGAAUAGCCCAGUGUUUCAACUUUUUUAUAAAUGCUGCUGUCUUCAGAUUCGGAGCGUGGCUUAUUGCCCAUUGUUUAAUGGACUUUGAGCAACUUUUUAUGUGAGUGUGUCUUCUGUAUUUUGUAAGAGCUAGGCAAUGAACUCAAAACAUAAACUGAUUUUAAAUACUAAUGUGAAAAUCUAUAUACAUAACUAUGUAUAACUAUCAGAAAGUUUCCUGACUCCUUCUGAUCUUCAAGAGACUGUGACAGAGGAGGAGCAAGCGACAAAAGUUCCGUCCUGCCCUCACUUGCAGUUUGGGCAAAGGGUGGGAGUCCCACAUUAAAGUUUCCCAAAUGUUGAAUGUUAUGUGUGAAUAACUACAAGUGUGCAAAUCAGUCAUUGAUGCAAUCAGGUACAUAAAUUGUAUACUCGUUGAAUAAAACACCUCUGAUUUAAUUUGAGCAUUGUUAUAAUAGUCUUUUGCUUAGUUAUACUUGUAUAGAUUCACAUUGCAAUUCUAUGUGUGUCUGCUCAAAAGUAGUCCAAAGUGUGUAUAUGUUUGCAGUCUCAAGUAUAUUUUCUUAACUUAAGUAGGCCUGGAUAGUCCUACAAAUAAUUUAUCAUGAAUUGAAUUGCAGACAGUGGGUGCUCUUUUAGGCUUGCGCUUAUGUAUAUAUUGUAUGUACACAAUAUGUACAGAUACACUAUUUUAGUGACAGGCUAAGUGAUGCACUGUACAUAGUAAUAUUGCAGGCCUGUUAAAAGGAGUUCACUGUAUAAAUCUCAGUUCUGCAAGAUAAACAGUAGUUGCAGUUGAAUCCAGAGAUGCAUGGCUUCUCCUUUUCAAUACAAAAAGUUUGCUUUUCUAUGCUUCUAUGUUUUGUGUUUUACAGAGUCUUCUCUUCUGUGAUUUUUGCUGCUAUGAAUGUUGCUCAGUCCAGUUCUCUUGCACCAGAUUUUGGCAAAUCAAAGGUUUCUGCACAAAGAAUCUUUCAGCUUUUGGAUCGGAAGCCAGUGAUUGAUAGCUAUAGUGAAGAAGGUGAAAAAUUGGUAAGACUAUACAGAUAGUGCUUUUAGAAAUAGAAUUGUUGUGGUUCUUUUAUUAACAAGGCUCGGUGUAGUCUACUGGAAUAAAAGAAAAAAUCUAUAAUGCUGUUUUAUUUACUGGUGUCAGCUCAGUUUCUGGUUGCUUAAAAUUGGCUUCAGAAAGAAACUCCUUUAUUUGAGAUAUGGCUUUAUACAUAACCCAUAACAUAUAUCUGUGUUCAUUUCCCACCCCCACCCCCCACAAUGUAGGUGAAAUUUGACGGCAACAUUGAAUUCAGAGACAUCCAUUUUGAAUAUCCAACUAGAGCAGAAGUUCAAGUUUUGCAAGGACUCAGUUUAAAGGUUAACAAGGGGCAAACUCUGGCAUUGGUGGGAAGCAGUGGUUGUGGCAAAAGCACUUCCAUCCAGCUUCUGGAGAGAUUCUACGACCCAGGAUCAGGACAAGUGGUGAGUAGGGAUGGACAGAUCUGGCUAUUUCCAUUCUGUGUCAGUUUUAUAUGUGUUCAAAAUAAGUCCAUUCGAUCCUGUCGUUUGCCAUUUCUUUUAAACACACAAAAAUUGCUUGUAAAUUGUACAUAUUUUAUCUGAUAUGCAGGUUUUUGUAUUUACUUCCUCCUAAAAAUACAUGUUUAUAUAUGCUACAUGUCUUUAUAUAUGCUACAUGUCUAUAUAUUUUCCCCAACAAUAAAUAUAGACCAUAAACUUGGUGCAUCCAUUAAAUUUUACACAGGUUCAGCUGCCUAUUGUUGUAUCUUUCAACUCUGCAGAAGCUCAUUUCAAACUUUAUGUACUUCCAUUUCUACCUACAGCUUGCAGAUGGCGUGGACACCAAAUCUCUACAUAUACAGUGGCUAAGAUCCAGACUUGGUCUUGUGCAACAGGAGCCUAUUCUCUUUGAUUGCAGUAUUACAGAGAACAUCCAGUACGGUGACAACAGCCGAGUUGUCAGUCAGGAAGAAGUUGAAGAAGCAGCUAAAGCAGCUAAUAUCCACAACUUCAUAGAAAAUCUCCCAGAGGUAAAUGAAGAUGUCCUUAAGUUUUCCAGCAUUCUCUUUCUCCAGAGGAAUAACUAUCCUAUUUUGCACAAAACCCAGUUGCAUAGACACCUACAGCUAAAUCCUUUGCAGGAGGAAGGGGCAUCUUUCCUGUCUAAGGUCCUUCUGAGGGGGCCAUGUGCUAAUGGUGGGCAGGGCUGGAGCCAAAAUUGGGUGGUAUAUCCUUUUGUCUCUCUGUCACAUCUCCCCGCAAUCUGGUCAUUCUCUCUCCCUGCCACAUAUAUGAAAUUAGGCCAAGGGCUACAGGUAGCCCACCCCAACCUUAUCAUGUUGACUUAUAAAGUAUGGUCAGAGAUUAAUUUUUAAAUGCAUAUUUAAGGCUGCAUUCCCAUGCACACUUAUCCUUGAGUAAGUCCUGUUGCAAACAGUGGGUCUUGACAUCUGCACAGGAUCCAAAUACACAGCCUAUUAGUUUCAAUAGGAUGUGGAAAGGUCUAACUUGCUCUUCACAACACUCACAAUGUCUGUGAUCUUUUCUUUUUUAAAAACAACAACAACCUACAGAAAUAUAAUACUCGAGUAGGUGACAAAGGAGCACAGCUUUCAGGAGGACAGAAACAAAGAAUAGCCAUUGCCCGUGCCCUUGUCCGAAAACCAGCAAUACUUCUUCUGGAUGAAGCCACGUCAGCUCUUGACACAGAAAGUGAAAAGGUUAGUCAGCUUGCAGCCUUGCUUCCUGCACUGCAGCAGGGUAGGGAUGAAUCGAGGCUAUUAUUCUAAAUAUUAUUUUUUUCUUUGCCCAUGACUGCAGAUUGUCCAGAAGGCCUUGGAUGAAGCUAGAAAGGGUCGGACCUGCAUCGUCAUUGCUCAUCGUUUGUCCACGAUCCAGAAUUCUGACAUCAUAGCAGUCAUCCAGAAUGGCAAAGUAGUGGAACAGGGAACUCACAGCCAGCUGCUGGCCAUGGGUGGAUUCUAUCAUGCACUUGUCAAUGCACAAGUACCUCAUUAGCCCAGGCUGCAAAGUCUGUGGAUACCAAAAAAAAACAACCCCCCCCCCCUCAAAUUAUGCCUAAGGCAGUGUUGUACUUGAGUCUGUCAAAGAACAGUCCCCUGUACCAUAUGACGAAACCACAUUUGAAAAUGAAGGGGUUGUGUAAUAUAAGGAAGAGGGGAGAAUCUCCUGUUCCGAGAAGAGGGAAGUCAAGUCGUCCUUUGGCAUGUUUAUGACCUUCAGCACCCCUGAAAUAGUUCUUUGGGUCCCAAUCAAGAUGAAGGCUAGCUGUGCCUUGUUUCUUAUUGCCAUCACCAGGUAAUGCUCAGGAGCCCGUGAAUGUGGGAUGCCGGCCUGCUGGGCAUCUUCAUGAGAAACGAAAGAGAUUUAUUUAUAUUUUACUUUGUUACAGAAUGUUUUUGUAUCAUGGUGUUGAUUUUACUUUUGUAAUAGUAAUAAAAAAAAUGAUUGGGAAA